ACUGAUUUCAUAUUUAUUUCACAUUUUCCAUAGAUUCAAUUUGCAAUUCCGAAAAACAUAGUCAAAUAAAAUCCAAUCAAGCCAUGGCACUAGCCUUUAAGAAGGCCCACGGGUCCAUAGUUGAGACAGUCGAUGGAGCGCCGCCACUGAAGAAACUUCGCCUCCAAACACUAACCGCCAAAGCCAAGCCGGUGGAAAGGAAACUGCAGGUGCUGGCACAACUCGAUCCGUAUUUGGGAGCAGCCACUGUGGUAGCAGGCGCCGGUGGAGCAACGAUAACACCAGCAGCUGUGCCCCUAGCAGUAGCCCUGCCAAUGGGUAAUACAGGUGCGACAGCAACAAGUGGCUCUGCCAGCACCGGCACCGGCGCCGGCGCCGGCACCGCCAACAUUAGCCCAAGCAGCACCAAGGAGCUGCUGGAAGUGCUCGUCAAGAUCACGGAUGAGAUCUGCUACGAAGAUGUGGAUAUGGUCGAACUGAAGGAGGCCUCCGCGAAGAUAUAUCAACUGUUCCAGCUGCAGGAUCGGGAUAGCGACACUUCGGUGCGGGUGAAGCUGCUGGAGCUGCUCUCCGGCCUCGGCUGCGAGUGCACCACGGAGGCUGGUGUGAUUCUCAUCAUAGACCAUCUGAUCUACUUGCUGCGCAAGGAGACCUCGCAAAAGGUGCUCGCCCAGGGCAUGAUGUGCCUCUACCGGAUCGGCGAUCGCAGGCGUCACCUCGUCCCGAUGGCCUACAACACCCAGGUGGCCCAUCUGGCCAAAGAGGCGCUGCGCUCCGGCUCGACGCACACGCAGAAGAACGCGAUGCUGGUGAUCGGACGGUUCGCCACGCGAAUGGAGGGCGAGCGGCACUACGCGUGGAAACUGGCCUUCUACAUCGACUCGCAGGAUUCGGGGGUGCGGGCGCAGGCUCUGCAUGCUCUGCUGACGCUGGGCGAGCGUGGAUCCAACCUGCCAGCGGUGCUCUACAAGCGGGCCGUGGAUGCCAUGAAGGACGACUACGAGUGCGUGCGCAAGGAGGCCCUGCGACUGGUGUACAUGCUGGGCAACAGCCACCCGGACUUCGUUAUCGCCUCGGAGCGGCAGCAGGAGGACAUCCGCAUGAUCGAUGCCGCAUUCAGCAAGGUGUGCGAGGCGCUCUGCGAUCUCUCGCUGCAGAUACGAGUGUUGGCCGCCGAACUGUUGGGUGGCAUGACCCACGUCAGUCGCGAGUUCCUCCACCAGACGCUCGACAAGAAGCUGAUGAGCAACCUGCGCAGGAAGCGCACGGCCCACGAGCGCGGCGCUCGUCUGGUGGCCAGCGGCGAGUGGUCGUCGGGCAAGCGCUGGGCGGACGAUGCGCCCCAAGAGCGCCUGGAUGCCCGCAGCAUAUCGAUAAUCGCCAGUGGAGCCUGCGGGGCCCUCAUCCACGGCCUGGAGGAUGAGUUCCUGGAGGUGAGAACGGCUGCUGUCGGCUCCAUGUGCAAGCUGGCACUGUCGCGGUCGGACUUUGCUCUCACCAGCCUGGACUUUCUGGUGGACAUGUUCAACGACGAGAUCGAGGAUGUGCGGCUGAAGGCCAUCUACAGCCUGACGGCCAUCGCUCGCCACAUAGUGCUGCGGGAGGAUCAGCUGGAGACAAUGCUGAGCUCGCUGGAGGACUACUCGGUGGAUGUGCGGGAGGGGCUGCAUCUGAUGCUGGGCGCCUGCCGCGUCUCCACGCAAACCUGCCUGCUGAUGGUCGUCCAGAAGCUGCUCGAUGUGCUGGCCAAGUAUCCGCAGGAUCGACACUCCACCUACGCCUGCAUGCGCAAGAUUGGACAGAAGCAUCCGCAUCUCGUCAUGGCCGUGGCCGUUCACCUGCUCUACGUGCACCCGUUCUUCGAGACGCCCGAGCGAGACGUGGAGGAUCCCACCUACCUGUGCGUCCUCAUUCUCGUCUUCAAUGCCGCCGAGCAUCUGAUGCCCAUCAUCAGCCUCCUGCCGACGGCCACCCACCGCCACUACGCGUACUUGCGGGACAGCAUGCCGCGCCUGGUGCCCCAGCUGCCCAUCGAGGGCGCCUCCUCCUCGUGCACGAAUCAUCGGAUCGACGAUGCCGUCAAGGAGGCAGGCAGCUCCGCCGGGUACCUCAAAAUGAUUCUCAGCCACAUCGACGAGAUCGUCACCAUGUCCGACGGUCGCGUGGAGUUGCUCAAAACCGCCCAGUCCAAUCUGCAGCGCCUUGGGGACAUCGACUCGGGUCUGUAUGGGACGUCCAACUUUCUGGAGACUUUCCUCUCCGCCCAGAUUCAAAUUGAGCAAAUGCAGCGCUGCGCCAAGGCGCACAGAAGUCGCGUACCGCUGAAGGAAUCGCUGGCCGCCCUCAUCACCAAGUGCCUCAAGCUGCAGCACACGUUCUCGGGGCUGAGCUACUGGGACAUACUGCAGGUGAAGCAGCUGAGGCUGCGUGCCAGCGCCCUGCACCUGGUCUUGGUCGUGAAGGAUCGCUCGCAGAGCGCCCUGGGGCCCUGCCAGAUGCUGCUGCAGACGGCAGGCGACAUCAGUGAGUACAUAAAGGCCAACACAAAGGAGGAGGAGCAGCCGCUGCCGAUCCCAAGCAUUGCCACUGGCGACGAAGAGGAGGACAAGUCCAUUAAAGCGUCGACGAACAACGCCCAGCCGGACAGUUUUACGCGGCAGCUGCUGUCCAAGCUGGACGCGAUCACGGACCCAAGGCCGGGUCGCGUAUUCCGCGAGAUUCUGCCCCUGGUGCAGAAUGCACCGCCCCUGGCUCUGCCGCCCGCCAAUGAAAAGAUUCGUCGCUGCAUGGCCAGCAUAAUCGAGCCGUGCCCGCUGCAGUCGCAGGAUAAUGUGAUCAAGGUGACUGCUGGCCUGAUUGCAGCCGUUCCGUUCGUGGCGGAGAUCGACAACCUGCAGGAGUCGCAGAAGGCGGACAUGCGCAUCAAGAUCAAGUACCCCGACCAGCACAUGCACACGGUGGUGCCCAAAAUGACGGACUUCAAGCCCAUCAUGACCGAGCAGGGGGAGCACGAGACAAAUGUGCGCCUGCGAACGACGAUCCUGCUGUCGCACAGUGUCUGGACGGAGGCCUCCCUCGUGGAGAUUCAGCUCUGCCUGGCCGUGCGCCCCGGCAGCGAGCUGGAGCUCUGCAAGCCGGCAAAGGUCCUCUUUGCCCCCAAGCCGGUGCGGCGAGGCAUUUAGCGGGAGACUGGCGCUAAUGCCAAAGAAUCCGUAAAGGCCAGAAGAAGGCAGCACAGAAAGCAGACAGCGAGCGGACAAAGCGACGAAGCUGCUCAUGGACACACAAACAAUGUAGUUGUUAGCGAUGUAACAUUGUGAAUUAUUCGAUAACAAAACCACUUUUCAUUUGUUUCUCACCAA